UAGGUUUAUUAAUAUUUUUAAUGUUAAAAUGCAUUUAAAAUGUUUUAUAUGCUCACGUAGAUUUUCAGAAAUAUUUAAAUUAUUUCAACAUUUGCGACUUUGGCAUUUCCGUGGUUCUCGAGAAAAUUCUUCAUUAAGAUGUUUUAGAAGCAGUUGUCUUUCUACAUUUAAUACUUUUAGUGGUUACAAAAAACAUUUAAUAAAAUGCGUUUUAAAACCUAAAGUUUUACCAUCAGCCUACCAAGAAAAUACUGAAUUAUCCAAUAUUACAACAAAAGAAAACAAUGGGAGACAUAAUAAUAAUGAUAGCGACAAUAAUGCCAAUGAUUACAUUUCCACCGGCACUUCAAAUCAUCCUGAACCCUUACCUUUUAUGGAUCACAACAUCGAAAAAGAGUGUGAGAGCAAUGUCGAGACAAGAAUGUCCGAUGUGAAUUUUCAGAUAGUUUCUUUUAUUUCAAAAUUAAUAUCAAAUGGAAUGCCAGUUACUACCCUAGUUACUAUAGUACAAAAUGUUGAUGAACUCCUAACUUAUAUUUUUGAAGAAAUUCGUUCUCUCUUGCCUCAAAGUGCAGAUCAAGAGUGUAUUGUAUUUUUUAGAGAUAUUACUUCUUCUAUUCAAAAAUUUAAUUCAGCGUACAAAAUUAACAAAGCAUUUUCUGAAAGUAUUGUCUCACCUGUAAAUAUCGCAUUGGGAGUACGAACUGAUCAAACCCUUCAUAGAAUAAGUAAUACUUACAUUGGAAAAAAUGUAACAGAUACGUUUAUAUACAUUCCCAUUAAAAAUACGUUAUCUACAUUGCUAAAAAACAAGAAUAUUCAAAAAUAUUUUACCCUGGAAUAUGUCUCUCAGAUAAACAGCAAUAAUUUAGAAACAAUUUUUGACGGUGAGUAUUAUAAAAACCAUACUUUUUUUCAGGAUAAUCCAAAUGCAAUACAAAUACAACUCUAUUUCGAUGAAUUUGAAUGCAGUGCGCCUUUGGGUUCCAAAACUGGAAUUCAUAAAAUCGGUGCAUUUUAUUUUAUCAUAAGAAAUAUACCAACAAUAUUCCUGGGUAAAUUAGAGAAUAUUCACGUUGCAGCACUUUUUUACUCUUCCGAUUUAAAAAAAUAUUCUAUCAAUGACAUUUUAAAACCCUUUGUAAAAGAUUUGCAAACAUUAGAAACCGAAGGAAUUGAAGUAUCGUUUUUACCAUAUAAACUAAAGGGUACGUUGGUUGCAUUAAGUUUUGACAACCUCGGUGGCAAUAUGUUAUCAGGUAUGGUGGAAUCUUUCAGUGCCAACUAUUUUUGCCGAAUGUGCUUAAUGCACAAAAAUGACACUCAAAACGUAUUUAGGGAAUCUGAUGAUCUUUGUCACUUGCGCAAUCAAGAUUUUUUCAACACUUUGCCAGAAAUUAAACCUGGUUCUAACUAUUAUGGAAGUAAAGAAAAAAGCAUUUUAAAUGAGUUAAAAUAUUUUAAUUUGGGAAAUACGCCAUCUAUAGAUAUAAUGCAUGAUAUUCUUGAAGGGGUUGCUCAGUUUGAAAUUAAGUUAAUUAUUACCUAUUUAGUUUCUGAAAAAAAAAUCUCCCUUAAUGAAAUUAAUCAACGAAUUUUCUUUUUUAAUUAUGGUACAAUUGACCAAUGCACAAAGCCUAGUCCUAUCAACAUUGAAAAAUCAGGAAGUAGUAUAGGACAAAGAGCGGCGCAAACGUGGACUCUUACACGAUAUUUGCCUUUAAUUCUAAGUGAUGUUAUUUUAGAAGUUGGGGACAGAUGGAAUAUUAUCACAUUUUUAUUAAGAAUUAUGAAUAUAUGUUUUGCCCCUAUAAUUCCAAUUGAAAUGACAUCUACUCUAGAAGAUUUAAUUUGUGAACAUCAUUUAUUAGUCAAACAGUAUAGCGGAAAUAUUCUUCCAAAGCAUCAUAUGAUGAUUCAUUAUCCAAAUGCUAUCAGAAAAUUGGGGCCUUUAAUAUACCUAUGGGCAAUGCGCUUUGAGGCAAAACAUGGGUACUUUAAAGAUUUGGUACAAAAAUUUAAAAAUUUUAAAAAUAUUCCUCACACUUUGGCUCUACGACAUCAAAUAAAACAAGCUGUAAAUAUAAAUAGUCUUUGCGAAAUCCCAAUUGAAAUGGGUCCUGUCAAAAUGUUUGAGUUAAAUAAUUAUGAGUUUAAAAAUAUUUUAAUAGAAGAAUUAGACCUUCCUAAUAAUGUGACAGUUAUCGAAACCAAGUUUUUAAAAUAUGGAUUUUUGUAUAAACCUUCCUUUCUAGUUUGUGUAAAAUUUAACAAUGAAAAUUUACCAGUUUUUUAUGAAAUAUUAAAAAUAGUAUUAAUAGAGGAACAUCCAUUUUUUAUAACAAAGUCUUGGGAAACCAAAGAGUUUAAAACAAAUUUAAAUGCAUUCCGUGUUGUACCUGAUUGUGAAAUACUCCUUUGUGAUCCAAAAUUUUUAAUUUAUAAAGAACCAUAUGAAUGUAAAUCGGUUUCAGAGUCCUAUUACAUAGUACCUAAGUAUAUUUUAGUUAAAAAUAAUUAAUAAUCCGUGACUUACGGGCUACGCACUCGCCUGGCUGCCAAAUUCAGGGGCAUUUUAGGGAUGUGUUCCUUGAUUGCCUUUUUAAUUGUGUUGUAUGUAUAGACAAGCAGGAGCAUAAUUCCUAAGCGGUCUCCUAAAAAGCUGUCAAAAGUCCCUGCCGCCCUACAUAGGAGACAACUCAGGAAAUUGCUCCUGCUUGCCUAUACAUACAUCACCAUUAAGAAGGUAACCAAGGGACAAUCAAGGGUCACAUUUACACAGCGUGUGCGUAGCCCGUAGUAUAAUAAAGUAAAGUAUACUUUUUGUUUCGUUAUUACCUAAGGAAUCUAUCUAAAAUAAGGUAUAUAUAUAUUUUUUAUUUUGCGUUGACCUAUAGUUUCCUAGAGUAAAGAAUAUUUUUUGUUUCCUUGUUACCUACCUCAA